CAUGUUCUCGUGUUGCUCUCAGUGCUGUGUGCUGCAGGAUCGUAUGUUCCUCAUAACUAUCACUUUGUGAAUGAGAGUAAAAAGUGGACAGACGCGCAAAAAUACUGCAGAGAGAAUUACGUUGAUUUGGCCACCAUCAGCAACAUGGAUGAAAUGAACGAGCUGAUAAACAUUCUGAAAAAUAAAACGGUGAAUCAGACCUGGAUCGGACUACAGAAGAAAAAAGAUGUUAAAAAAUGGCGGUGGUCUCUGGCUGAUGAAACUUAUGGAGACUUGUACACAUACUGGUAUCCAGGACAACCAAAUGAAAACUCAGGAGAAAUCUGUGUUAACAUGUGGAAUGGAAACGGGAUGUGGAAUGAUGACACGUGUAAUACUUUACAUCCAUUUGUGUGUUAUGACAAUAAACUGAUUCUGAUACAGCAGAAUCAGACCUGGAGAGAAGCUCUGAAAUACUGCAGGGAUAAUCAUGACGACCUGGCCUCGAUUCAACGCGAGAAGAUCCAGCGAUGGGUUGAGAAUGUGGUUCAGAAAGCCUCCACCGAACACGUGUGGCUCGGCCUGCGGCACACUCUGGGUUUCUGGUUUUGGGUGGAAGGAGAGUUCCUCUGCUACGAGAACUGGGCCCCGGGGAACUGGACAGGGGCCGAAGACUGCAGCACUGAAGAGAGGAGCGGAGCGGUGGAGUCCGGGGGAAAACACAAGUGGAUCAGCCUGCCUGAGAGCCAAAAGCUCAACUUCAUCUGCAGCAUCUAA